CAUCAACACAAUAAUAGCAAAAUUUUGUGAAAGACAGACUCAUGAUGAUUUCGUGAUUACAUUUCGUUGGCAGAUUCUUCUUUUCGCAAAGAUUAGAUCAGUUGGAGUUUUAUUUAAUAAUUCUUUUCAUUACACGCUCGUUUCGUAAAUAAAUACGAUAAAUUUUUGCCAUUAUCUAUCGCGUGUUUGUUGUCAUAUAUGAGUCUCUUGCUUCCCGACUCUCCGCUCUUUUCUUAUGGAUUUGAUGUUUGAAGCUUAUUUAACUCACGAAUCUACUAGUCAACCUGAACCAGACGACAUUCCGCAUACGAAAGAUCCAGUAUGGAUUUUGGGAAAGAAAUACAACGCUAUUAAAGAAUUGGAAGAAAUCAGAAGGGAUAUAAGAUCCAGGCUAUGGUUCUCGUAUAGAAAAGGUUUCGUAUCCAUCGGUGACACUGGUAUCACCAGUGAUAAAGGAUGGGGAUGUAUGUUACGAUGCGGUCAAAUGGUCAUCGCCCAAGCACUAUUGUUUCUUCAUUUAGGCAGAGAAUGGCGAUGGACUCCGGCGAGCAAAGAUGAGACAUAUUUAAGAAUUAUACGUCUGUUCGAGGAUGUAAGAUGCGUUCCAUAUUCAAUACAUCAGAUUGCCUUGACUGGUGCUAGCGAAGGGAAACAGGUUGGCGAGUGGUUUGGACCAAAUACAAUCGCUCAAGUUUUGAAAAAAUUAGCUGCUUAUGAUCAAUGGAAUUCGAUUGUUUUACAUGUUGCACUAGAUAAUGUCCUGGUUACCAAUGAAGUCAAACGGUUGUGCAGACAAACGUCCAGAAACGACGUUGAUCUGUUUAGUGAAAGUACAAGUGAUAAGUCAAAAAUAAAGAGCAAUUCUCCGUGGAAACCGCUUGUUCUCAUUAUACCUUUAAGACUUGGUAUUACGGAUAUCAAUCCUAUCUAUUUCAACGCGUUCAAGGCGUGUUUCACAUUUCAGCAAUCUCUCGGCAUAAUUGGCGGUAAACCAAAUCAUGCUUUGUAUUUUAUCGGAUGCGUGGGAAACGAAGUCAUAUUUUUAGAUCCGCAUACAACUCAGCCUUUCGGUUCUGUACAAUACAAACAAAAGGAGCAAGAACGUAAAACGGAUUGUACUUAUCAUUGCCAAAAUGCCAGUCGUCUACCUCUUGUACAAAUGGAUCCUUCUGUCGCAGCUUGCUUCCUUUGUCGAGUUGAAUCAGAAUUCGAUUCAUUGUGCGAAUUGAUCAAAGAGAAUUUACUUAGUACAACGAAUCAACCGUUAAUUGAAAUAUGCGAAGAACGCGACCACUGGCGUACUACAACAAAUCCGCAGGAUUCUUUCAAUGUGCUCGAUCUGUCCGAUAGCUCCGAUGAUUUUGAAUUUUUGGGUUGAAUUUGAACGAUCGUGUAAUUAUACAUUAUAUAAAUCUUGUACUUUUUUUUUAGUGUUCACAGUUGCUUUUAUAAAUGUGAUAUGUUAUCAAGAAUUGAAUGUAGUCAUGAAGUUAUCUAAGAGAAAAGGUCGUUCACUUUGUCUCUUCUUCAAUGAAGGCACGUUACCAGGUUUCUCACCGUUUGUAUUGAAUUUAAUUACGAUUUUUUAAACCUUUAUCUUUCUGUUGUACAAAGUUGCUGAUAUUUUAUCUCCGCCAACGGCGGAAUAUGUGACGAUAGUCAUUCUUUCUUACGGAAAUUAUUCGCGUAUAUUGUCAAUAACGAAGACUUCAUUCUCCAUUUAAAUAAACGAAUAUGGUGGAUUUUUUAAAUGUAUAAUGACUAACAUUUGAUGAAAAUGUAUAAGGUUAUUCGAAGGUUUUUUUCCUAAGUUUUCAAGCUUUUGUUUUAAUAAACAUUUUUUAUACGAA